AUGCCGAACAACAAUGAAGAGAUUGAUUCCACGCUCGGAGCCUCUGAGCUGACUCCAACAACAGCGUCAUCUUCUUUACAACCUACAACACCACUAUCAGCAAUUUCUAACGUCUAUCAAUCACCAUUGGAUCAUAAUAAUAGUGAUCACCAUGAUGAUCAUCAUGAUAAUAGAUCUGAUUACUACGGCCGAGAGCUUUCGGACUACUCUUCUUCUACAAUGUCCAAUGAGAAUAGUAGCACAAUUACCAAUCAUCCUCUGAAUAACAAUAGGAAUAGUAUUAAUAAUAGUGAUCAUGAUCAUUAUAAUAUCAAUGAUAGAAACACAACCACCACUAGGAGACAAACAAACCGACUUGAUUUUACUGCGUCCACUCCAGCAGCUUCCUCCACUUCUACGCAAUCCCAUGCACCUUCUUUCCAAACACCAACAAAUACAUCAACAAUUUUCAAUAAUGACUUUUUCCAAAAUCAAGAGGUGAGACGCAUGCACAAGCAAUUGCACUCAAUAUUAUCAGAUUUGUUUUCAGAGCAUCACCAUUUGUAA